AUGUCCCUCGUUCCCAGCAAUUCCGGCUCAGAGCCAGACACCAACAGAACUAACAGUAACAACAACCAGAGAUCUGCAUCUACAGUCCCAGACGAUGGUGGAGCUGCUGCAACCGCGGAGCUCGAGGCCGCCAUAGUAGCCAACCCAGACCUGAGACCUGUCACCCCCCAGUUUGCAGAGUGGGAAGACUACGACACUAUCCUUGCGCAGAACCCAGACAUCGCCAACCCUGUACCCGGGCGGAAGAAAGAGUUCUACCUGUCCAAGGAUCGCUGGGAGUGCGGCCAUGAAGAGGAACCGGUACAGACGGCAAUCGAGCGAAACGUCUCAGAGGGCGGGGGCAGUAAUGCUGAGCCGGCCAUCCUAAUUAACGACAUCAGAGGCAUCUGUGAGGCUUGCAUGGCAAAAUGGAGGAGACUUGAGACUGCUGGACCACAGCCAGACGCUCCUGGGCCUUCAUCUGCGACUGCUACACCACGGGGUCUGCCAUUGUAUACUCCGUCUUGGGAGCGUCCAGGCGUAAAUAGUGGCCCGCCGCUUGAGCUGGACGACUCUGAUGAUGAAUUCGAUGAUGAUGGUACACUAUCCGAUGGAUCCGAAGACUCCCUUGGCCCUCCUCCUGGCCCACCACCGGGUAGUACAGCAGGUGGCAUGGGUGCUGCUCGUUCUCGGUAG